CUGAUGCUGCUGCUCGGCUCGGCUCGGCUCGGCUCGGCUCGGCUGUUUGGUAGCCAGCCAGCUAGUCAGUCACUGCAGCUCCGCGUUAAUGAUCACAUUUGUGAUGUAGGUCGUGUUGUGUGGCGGCUGACGACCACAAGACGCCGCGGUAGUGGAUGUUUAUGCGCAAUGAGCCGCAGACAGUAACGUUAGUUAACGCUAACUAGCGGCGGUUAGCUCGCUAACGUUCAGCAGCGUUUUGCUUUAUUUUAUUUUUUAUUAGCGAUAACCACUUCCGUCGUCAUGUUAGUCCUGCUUUCCAGUGUGGAUGCUUUAGUUUGUUGCGGACUUACUUCCCCCCUCGGGGCAGAAAUAACCGACGGUUAGCGCCUCCACCAGCUCUCAACAAACAUGACUCACACACACUGAGCUAGCAGGCUGAUUGGCUAAGUUAGCCUGCCGUUAGCAGCUAACUUAGCUGGCGAUGCUAGUAGCGCCACGCCGGUAGGCUGCUGAAGCAAUGUCCGUCCGAUGGAGCUGAAGUGUUGCCCGGCUUGCCGAAGAUGACGGGUCACCUGUGCCGGGUUUUUUUGCCUCUCUGUCAGCAGGAGGCGGAACAUGGAAGCCGAGGAAGAGUGGAACAAAGACCUGAGUGCGCACAAACUACUGGAUAAAAAGGUGCUCUGCAAGCAGAAUGGAAGGAUCGGUAUAGUGAGGACUCUUCACAGCCUGUUGAAACCUCAGAACACACUGCAGAUUCAGUCCAUCACCCGCUCAGAAUGUGCUGGCUCCUGUCCAAAUCUGAUGAUGAGUAGGAGCGAGCACGCCGAUGCAAGGGCCGUCCCCGUGGCCCUCACCCCCCAGCUCCCCCCCAGAGCUCACCGGCCCCUCUGCAUGUCGGUCUCCUCCGACAGCAGCGGACGCUUCAAAGCUCUGGAGACGCAGGAGUGGAAAAACAACCUCAAAGCUCAGAUGGAGCAGGCACACAGUGCAGGAGCUGCAAGCAGCACAGGUUCUCUGGAGCGAGCGUCUUUAUUCUGCGCCUCGGCUUCCACCGCGGCGUCCACCUCCGCCCUGUCCAGCCCAGUGGAGAUCCUCAACAAGAGCAAAUCCUCCAGCCGCUUCUCUCUCUUCUCUCCGCCCUGGAACAGCAGCUCUGAGUCCGACUCCAACCCUCCAUCCCGCUCGGGCUCCAAGAAGCUGCGUAACUACAGCAGGAGAGCCGCCACAGGGCCGGCCGGUGCCAGGGGCCCAGAUACGCCUGAGCCCAAACCCAGUGGCCCUGAACACUUCCAAUAUUCUGAACCCGUCAUCUCUAAGGUGACAGACUACAUCUAUGUUGGCAACCUGAAUGCAGCGUACAACGGGCGCACCCUGUGCCGCAACAACAUCGACAGCAUCAUCGACAUGAGCAGUGUGCCGGGAGAACCGGGCCCAAGCCUCAACCUCAUACCGUGCACCUGCUCUCGUGGCACCCGCCACAGCUGGUCCCGCCUCAAGGUGGACAUCGGAGACGUGCCGGACGCUCUGGGCGACGGUCCGGCCCUGAAACAGCGCUGCUUCGAGGACAUCAACGAGUGCAUCAACGCCUCCACCGAGAAGAGGAAGCGCGUCUUGGUCCACUGUCGGGACGGUUUCUCGCUGGCGCCGACGUGUAUCAUCCAGUACUUGAUGGUGAAACAGAACAUGAGGCUAAUCGCCGCCUACGAAAUACUGAGGGCCAAAUACCCGGUCAACAUCAGAGAGUGCCACCAAAACGUGCUGGUGAGCCUGGAAAGGGCUCUGCGGCCCGGAGGCAACGUCGACCCAGAGUGCUUCAAACAGGCCAUCUCGCGCAAAGUGGCGUGGACCUGACUCGGUUUCCCAACAUGCUUGGCUUCUGCUCAAGGCUCUCUUUAUUCCUCCAUCCUCCCGUGGUAUUACAUAUUUUCCUAAAGACAACCAAGGGCAGCUGUACUUUCCCCUGUAGACUGGUCAACUGGAUAUUAUUGUCUCCUCUUGAGUUCAGUGGUUGUAAAAGUUUGGUGUAAUUCCUCCUAUGAACCUGUAAAUGUGACCUGGCUGUCAUUAUGCCCCUCCCCCUCACCGAACAGGAGACGCAAUAGACUUCACUGUAAUGUAAACAGCUUCUUGGUAUAACGAUGUAAUAGUGUUGGCUGUGUAGUUGAUAUAGUCCUGCUUCAGUUCUGUGCCAUGCCGUCGUGGUGGUGUUUUCUAUCAGGGGAAUUUCAUAAUGGGAGAUCUCAGGAGAUUAUUGAUGUCAUUCCAGUUCAGGGUGGGAUAUUACUCGUUAGAUUAGCUCCCGUUCACAACUGGCACUAAAAUGCAUCUUGGUGAGCAGUGUGUGUGUGUGUGUGUGUGUGUGUGUGUAUAGCACACGGGGUUGGGUUAUAUGUCCAAAAGGGCUGGAAGGCUCUGUGCAGCAGGCCAAUGUGUGAUAGACGAGUGAAAUUGGAAAGCUCAUAUGGAAACUCGGUUGAUCAGCCUGACCAAUGCAGGGUUUUUGGGAGGGAGGUAUUUGUUUCUUGAUGCACAAAAAUGCUCCAGUUGGCGCUUUGGCACUAAAUGUUUAGAAAUGAAGUAUGACAUGCCAAAGUGUGUUCCAGCUGUCCGUCCACAGGGGAACACUUUAGGCUAAUACUCACGUUCCACAUCACUUAGUAUCCUUAAUACGGCUAUAAUCAAUAUUUUAGUCAUUAAAAUUUUUGUAAUUUCACAACUUCGUUAAUGUUGGGUCGCUGCCGCUCUUUUCUUAGACCCCAUCCCCACUGCUGCUUUUUUGUUUUGCACCUCCCGUCCAGACUAAAACGGCGCAAACGAAGACCUAAAACGGAGAAGUUUGAAAAUGCUUUUAGUGCUGACGGGCAAAAACGGAGGGCUUUAGAAACAGUGACGCAGAAACUCACGUUUGGCUCUCUGAUUGGGUCUCAUAAGUCAUGCAAAACAGAAACAUGAUGCUACUGACAGAGUUUUUGAUUUGGUAUUUCUAUGAAAAUAUUCUGUACCGUGCAAAUAACACUUAUAGCCUACGCUUGUAUUCUGCUUGUCACCGUUUACUUUGCGACGACUCCCAGUUUGUUUUCCACCGCCACAGUCUCUCUUACCUCCCGUGUUCCAUUCAGUAACAGUCUCAGUCGUUUUUAGAUGUGAUCAGCUGUGAUACACAGCUAAAACGCUGGUGUGGACGGAGAUCGUGUUUGUUUUUUAAACAAAAAUGGAGUAGUUUGGAUGGGGCCUUAUACGCUCUCUUUCGCAGGAAGGUAUACGCGUGUGUGUGUAUAUAGGUAUAUAUCAGUCAUUUUCAUUUUUGGCAGCUUUUCCAAGAGUGUAAAAAAGAGCCAGAGCGAUGUAACAUUAUCUAAUUAAGAUGUAAAAAUCAAUGUUGGUUCUACAUUGACGGUUAUGUUAUCUACGUGGAUAUCAAAAUGACAAAAAAACCCACUAUACAAACAAAAGUGAAGUAAGGUUGGAGGCGGCGCUAACGUUACUGUGGAGAUGACCGGAAGUAAAAGUCGCACUACAUUGUUAAGGGCUGAAUUCUGUUUUUAAAAGCAGUUUCACCUCCCUCACAGAUAAAAUCUAAUUUCUAAUGUGAACGUGAAAUCGCUUGAGAUGCAUUUCAGAAAUAUGAUGCCAAGUUUGAACCUCCAUCUGUUUCAUAUCGACUAAGGUCUGACACCGUUUGUUUGGAGCUUUUGGUUUUUUCCCCUAAAAAUCUAUUUUGCUGGUAAAAUGGUUGUUUGAACGUACUAACCUUUGUUGGUGGGUAAAAACAAAACAAAGCUGCGCCUCCGCUGCUCAUGCUCUGAUGAUCGGAGGACGUUCUCCUGAUUUGUCACCAUUGGAUUUAACACCACUGACUGGAUUACAUUACUGAUUAAUCCGCUUCUAUUGCAAGAGGGAACUUUGCACACGGACAUGUUUUAACCCGAGUCUGUUGUUUGGGACCUUUUCACGCUGUUUUUCUUUCUGUAUGUGUGUUUUCCAAGGUCAUACUUAAAAGGAAGAUGAACGGGCCAGCCUGUCCUCUGUGAGGAAGACUGUACGCCCAUUUUUCAGCCACGGUUUGUUUGGUUAAAUCUCUUCGGUUGGUGCUCAGACUGUGGCUGUGUUGUGAAUUUGAACUUCAGUGUGCGCAGUGAAGCUGGGUGAUUGUCAGUAUUAGUGAAUCAGUGCCACUGUACUGCGAUUCAGGGUUUACACUGCAAGAGAUGAUUUGCACUACUCACGGGGUUGUCCAAAAAUGCAAGGUAUUGCCUUUUAUUAUUUUAAUAUUGUUUUUAAUUAUUAUUUUGGGAGUAUUGCUGCGAGUCUGACGGUUGCCACGUUUACAUGCUCAUUAGAAUAACCAGAUUUAAGUAAUGGUUUAAUAAAAUGUGUUUACAUGGUUCACCCGAUGUGAUUUCCCUGUUAACCUCAGUUUACAUUAUUUUAUUAAUUAAUGUAUAGGACUGUUUUUUUAUUCUCAAUAUGAUUCUUUUUUCAAUUUCUUGUACUUUUGUCCCCCUAUUACUUUAUUUUGGUCCCACAUAACUUUACCCAAGAACAAUUUGACCACUGCCAGCUAGGGCUGAGACUAAUGACUUUGUUCAUUAUCGUUGAAUCUGUGGAGUAUUUUUCGAUGAACUGUCUAUAUUAGGGCUGCAAGUUAUGAUUAUUUUCAUUGUGGAUUAUUUUCUUGAUUAGUUUUUUUGUCUAUAAAAUGUCAGAAAGAAAAAUAUGACCAUUAGCGUUUCCUAAAGCCCAAGAAGACAUCCUUAAAUGGUUUCCGGUUUACUGUCAAAGAGGAGAAAAGAAACCAGAAAAGAUCUACAUUUAAGAUGCUGGAAUCAGAGAAAUUUUCUUUAAAAAAAAUGACUCAAACCAAUUAAUCGAUUGUAAAAAUGGUUGCCGAUUAAUUUUAAAGUUGACAACUAAUAGAUAAUUUGAUUCAUUGUCGCAGCUCUAGUCCAUAUGGCUCUUCAGAUCUCUCUCUCUCUCUCAGGUGACCCACAAUAUUCAGCUUACAGUCAUAAUAAAACAGAAAAGCAGCAAAUCCUCACAUUGUUUAAUAUUUCUGCUUUUAACAAAUGCCGUAAAGAUGAAUUGAUUACGAAAAUUCUUGCGGAUUUAAUUUUCGUCUAAUUGAUUAAUCAAGUAAUAGACGGUCCCUCCUUUCUACUCCAUGGGAUCUUAUUUUGGAAAAUAUAUGCGAGAGACAACUAAUUAUUUGAUCACUUUUGAUUUGUUCCCCGGAACGAUGUUCCUCCACAGAAGCCAUGGUGCUGUUUUUUGUAUAGAAAGACCACUGCAUCCCAGAUAGAUGUUGUAAUAAUUCAAUAAUAAUAAGAUUUCACACCAGAUUAUAUGUGAGCAGCAUUUCCUCAUCUGCUUUAUGACGUUUGUCCAGGUGAGAGCUGUGUCACUGAACCAGAUAUUGGCAAUAAGACGAGCGCUGAUUGGUUGGACGAUCGUAGUGUUCUCACUCUUGAGUUUUUCAUUUCCUCGCAAAUUAGUAGGAAACUGACUAAUCGUUUUUUUUUUUCCCCACAAGGAGCCUGAAAAUGUGUCCAGCUUAAGUUUGUUUAGAUACCAGUGCCAACAUGAUCCACACCAGUUACAGAAGGCGGUUCCAAAAUCAAAUGGUUCAGGCCAGGUUGGUUCUGCGAAAGGGUUGGGUUACCAAACGCUACAUGUUUGGUUCAGGUCCAGUUUAGAAGCUCUGUUGUCAGAGCUAAAAGUAUAAAACACACACCGAGACACACAUUAGCCCAUUGUUGGAUUUUUACCCUUGAACCGUAUUUGUUCAGUAGAGACACUUCUGCUCUUAAUUUGUUACUAAACCAGAACUAGACUAGGUAACGGUUAAAUUAAGCAGCUAAAUCUUUGGUUCAGGUUGGUGGUUAAAAUGUUGGUGAUGAUUGAAACUGUUUUUGUUCUGUUAAAGAAGAAAAUUUCCCCCUUGGUCGGAGCUCAUCGUGAUCUUAAAAUUGAAGCUGUGUCGUCAAAACAUUGUUUAGGUAAAUUGCUUUAGAUCCCUCAUAUAAAACGCGUCACGCUCUGAAUUUUGAAGCGGUUUCAUCAAAACUGGACCCGACAAACCAACACUAGGAUUUUUUUCUUGAAUUAUUCAAUAAAUUGAGACACUUUUAUUCUAAUUAAGUUUAUUACCUAUUCGUGCUGCAACUAACGGCUAUUUUCAUAUUGGAUUUCGUCUGUCGAUUAUUUUCUUAAUCAGUCGAUUAGUUUUUAGGUCCAGAAGAUGUUUCCCAAAGCCCAAGGUGAUGUCCUCAAAUGUUUUCUUUUGCUGUCACAGAGGAGGAAAGAGACCAGAAAAUAUUCACAUUUGAGAAGCUGAGCUCGGAUGAUUUGGUGAUUUUUUUAUUUUUUUUAUUUUUUUUUUAAAAAGGACUCGAAUCGAUUAUCAAAAUAGUUGGCAAUUAAUUUAAUGAUAACUUAUCGAUGAAUCGACUAAUCGUUGGAGCUCUAAUUCAGACAAAUCAGGCUAAAACGAGCGCAUGGCAAAAACCUUCUGUCCCUAAAGAUCAUGCAAAUAUUGAUUUAUUGUCUUGAAAUGGCAACAUGAGUGACAUCUGUUUUUAGAUGCAUUUGUUUAUUUUGAUAUUUGUUGCCCCCCAGCAGCACAGUUAAGUCGUCAUGUGAGCGGUGUGGUGGGAGAGGAAGUAUGGUGCCUUCAUUUGGAGUCGUCUCGUGACCGUACGGUGACAUUUGCACACUUUGUCUGAUUUUAACUUCUCUCGAUAUACAUGUAUGUAAAAUCUUGAAUAUUUUUUGAUGUUUUCUUUUGAGCAAAAAAAGUGUGAAAAUGACAUUUGUGUAAAGUGGUCCUUGCUGUAAUAUAUUUGCUAGUCAUUCGUGUACAGUUCCGGUGUUUUACUAAUGCAGGAGGUUGAUGAGACUGAAGAAGAGGAUAUGUUUGUCAACACGAGGCACUGUAGUAGGCAGAGUAUUCGCAUAUUUUGGUUCAUCCCUCGUUGUAAAUGCUCCCGAGUCAAAGGCACGAUAUCGAACUGAAUAGGUUUUCUAACUCGUUCUCUCAGGUGAUUUCUCAGUGGCCCAGAAUGUUCUCAAUGAAUAUGAUACUCAGAAAUGUGAAGCGAUGUGUUUCUCAUGUCAUGUUUCUUAAGUCGAGAUUUAAUUUGUACUGUUGAAAUAUUAAAGAAAAGGAUGUACUUAA